CACCAAAAAUAUUUAAAAAAGUAAAUUUCUAGUCACUUUAUUAAAAUUCACUUAUUUUUUACUAAAGAACUCCACUAAACCAAGGAAACUACUGGAAGGGUUCCAUCCCAAUAACCUUAUCCGCUACAAAAUUCAUUAUUAAUUCAAAAUAACCCGCCAAGCAUAGAGAACUUCAAACUUGCACUAAAAAAAUAUGUAACGUGGAACUGGAACCCCCCGCGCCGACCUGAAUGGAACUUGCCGAAGUCACUUGAAGGUGAAAGCGAUAACCGAAUAUCGAGUAGCGCUGCUGAUUAUUCUCUAGAAGUUUCGGUCAUACCAUACCAUUAGUACUAUCAUUAUCGCGUUAUCACCAAUUGGCUGCAGCACGAGACGCGCGCUUUCAUUUAAUCUCUCUUUUUUUUUCAAUAUUUAACACUUUUUACACACAACCAUGUCUUGUGAACCUCAGUGUAAAAGAAGCAAGAUGUCAAACACCUUGGAACAGCUUAAGGCCCUCACUAUUGUUGUGGCCGACACUGGGGAUUUUGAAGCCAUGAAGGCUUACAAACCCACAGACGCCACAACAAACCCAUCCUUAAUGCUUCAAGCAGCCAGUUUGCCACAAUACAAACCCCUAAUUGAGAAAGCAGUGAAAUAUGGCCAAAAACUAGGAAACACUUUGGAAGAAAAAGUUGAGAACGCGAUGGACAUGUUGUGCGUACUUUUUGGGAUAGAAAUCUUAAAAAUUGUGCCUGGUAGGGUCUCUACUGAAGUCGAUGCUAGAUUGUCUUUUGAUACACAAGGAAGCGUAAACAAAGCAAAAAAAAUCAUUCAUUUAUAUAAAGAAAAUGGAAUUGACAAGGAGAGAAUAUUAAUCAAAUUGGCCUCAACAUGGGAAGGUAUCCAAGCAGCAAAAAUUUUAGAGAGUGAAUAUGGAAUCCACUGCAAUUUGACUCUCCUAUUCAAUUUCGCUCAGGCAGUCGCUUGUGCUGAAGCCGGGGUAACUCUUAUCUCACCUUUUGUAGGAAGGAUUUUGGAUUGGUAUGUGGCAAACACAGAUAAAAAAUCAUAUUCUGGUGAAGAAGAUCCUGGUGUCAUCUCAGUUACAAAAAUUUACAAUUAUUAUAAAAAAUUCGGUUACAAGACUGUCGUCAUGGGAGCAUCAUUCAGAAACACAAGUGAAAUCAAAGCCUUAGCUGGCUGUGAUCUGUUAACAAUAAGUCCAAAACUGUUGGGAGAACUGGAAAGUAGCCACGAGCAAUUGCCACGUAAAUUGAGCCCAGAAACGGCCAAAAAAGUUCAACUCGAACAGUUGGAACUCACAGAGUCUAAAUUUAGGUGGAUGCUAAAUGAAGAUCAAAUGGCUACUGAUAAACUUUCAGAUGGCAUCAGGAAAUUUGCCGCUGAUUCCAUCAAGCUUGAGAAUACUAUUAGGACUCUUUUAGCCAAAGCAUAAUUUGAGUUUUUGGUAUACUUUUUUUUAACAAAAUUGUAACUUUGAUGUUGAAUUUUAUUAUAUAUAAUUUUUAUUGAAAUUGUUUGAAAAUAAAUGUGGAUAUUUCUGGAAAUA